CGCUUCUCUCCGCAGUAAGAUGGCGGCGCCCGUGGAUCUGGAGCUGAAGAAGGCGUUCUCCGAGCUGCAGGUGAAGGUCCUGGACACGCAGCAGAAAGCCAAAAUGGCCGACCUCCAGAUCGAGCAGCUGAGUAAAGUCCACAAACACGCUCGUCUGACACACGGCGAGAUCAGCGCUCUGCCUGACAACACGAGGCUGUACGAGGGCGUGGGGCGAAUGUUCAUCCUUCAGCCCAAAGAGGAGAUCAACAACCAGCUGAUGGACAAGCAGAGGACCGCCGACGAGAAGAUCAAGGAACUGGAGCAAAAGAAGCAGUACCUGGAGCGCAGCGUGAAGGAGGCCGAGGACAACAUCAGAGAAAUGCUCAUGUCCCGAAGAGCUCAAUAAAACAAAGACUUUUACAUAAAAUAAAAUAAAAACAUUCACUUCCUGUAGAG